GGGCGGGGCGGCGGGAGGAGGCGGGCUCCGGUUGCCGGGGCCUGGGCUCCUCGGUCCGCAGCUGCCCCGGCGUGUGGCCAUGUCCUGGCUCCGCGCGGCGUCGGCAGGGACGCGGCUUCUGGCGAACCGGAGCAGCGUGGGCGGGCGGCGCGGCGCGAUGGGAGCUGCGGGGUCGGGGAUGGGAAACAAUACAUCAACAUCCUUGGGGAACUCAGCAACUACUCCUGUGAAGCAGAUCCAAGAAACAAUUUCUGACAAUUGUGUAGUGAUUUUCUCAAAAACAUCCUGUUCUUAUUGUACAAUGGCCAAAAAGAUUUUCCAUGAUAUGAAUGUUAACUAUAAAGUUGUGGAAUUGGAUAUGCAUGAAUAUGGUAACCAGUUUCAAGAUGCUCUUCACAAAAUGACUGGAGAAAGAACUGUUCCAAGAAUAUUUGUCAAUGGAACUUUUAUUGGAGGUGCAACAGACACUCACAGGCUUCAUAAAGAAGGGAAAUUGCUGCCACUAGUUCAUCAGUGUUAUUUGACAAAGAGCAAGAGGAAAGAAGUUGAGUGAUUUGGCUCUUCACCAUGAUCAGUUAAAAUGAUCAGACCUGAUAAUGCCUUUUAAUUGAGGGUUAAGUAUGUGAAUUAUCUUCAUAAAGAUGAUUAAAAAUAAUGAACAGUACAUUGCUGUGGAAACCUCAGCAUCCUGCUUGCUGGUUCUUGAGCAGGAGAUGCUAUACAAAACUGCAGGGAUGGCGUUAUAUCAAAAGAUAAGGAAAGGUGCUAGAGAGCUGGCUCAGCGGUUAAGAGUGCUGACUGCUAUUCCAGGGGACCUGGGUUCAGUUCCCAGCACUCACAUGACUGCUAACAACUGUGGGUACCUCCAGUUCCACGGGAUCCGAUGCCCUGUUCUGGUCUCUGCAGGCAUUGAGUACAUGUGGUGUAUUUACAUAUAUGCAUAUAAAAUAAAAAUAGAUAAAAGUUUAAAGAGGGAAUCCGAAUACCAUCAAAUAAUAUUGUA